AGGCUAUUCAAACACGCUUGGCGUGAAAACGCACACACACGAACUGAGCGAUCACACAGUUUCUGGGCUUGACCACAGCUCUCUGGGCCAUCAAAGAUGAGGGGGACUCUUCGGCAGUCACGCUCUGCCAACACUGGAAAAUCCUUCAAAACUCUGGCCGACUUGGGAGGAAGUGAAGCAUAUAACAUGUAAAUUCUGAUGGAUAUCACAGCCUGUGCUGCCAAUGGAAACGGGCUCAACAGAGAGGCCCACAUCCAGCUGCCACCAUGUCAAGCAAGCGUGCCAAGGGAAAGACCACAAAGAAGCGCCCCCAGAGGGCCACGUCCAACGUCUUUGCCAUGUUCGACCAGUCUCAGAUCCAGGAUCAAAGAGGCGUUCAACAUGAUCGACCAGAACAGAGAUGGUUUCAUUGACAAGGAGGAUCUGCAUGACAUGCUGGCCUCUCUGGGUAAAAACCCCUCUGAUGAAUACCUGGAGGGGAUGAUGGCUGAAGCACCAGGGCCCAUCAACUUCACCAUGUUCCUCACCAUGUUCGGAGAGAGGCUCAACGGAACGGACCCCGAAGACGUCAUCCGCAACGCUUUUGCCUGUUUUGACGAGGAAGGAUCUGGCGUGAUCCAUGAAGAUCAUCUGAGAGAGCUGCUCACCACCAUGGGCGAUCGCUUCACUGAUGAAGAGGUGGACGAGCUGUUCCGUGAAGCACCCAUUGACAAGAAGGGCAACUUCAACUACGCAGAGUUCACCCGCAUCCUGAAACAUGGUGCCAAAGACAAAGAUGACGAGUAGAGGAAGAAACCGACUGCCUCUGGUCCCCCGCACACAUAUUGCACCACAAAUCAGUCCCCAGUUCUUACCUUUAAGGUCUGUUAGUUUGAGAAAUUAAAUGGUAAGAAUAUAUUCAAAUGUUUUAUAAAAGGCCAGAAGUGGCCAUUUAUUUUGAUCUACACGUGUUUAUGAAAGGUAGGAACUUGGGAUUCAUUUGGGCUCCACAGAAAUAUUUCGCAACUAGAAUCGUCAUUGAAGGGAAAGACAGGUGUAUUUGCAUCGCAUAGCUUCAAGUCUACUGCAGCCUCAGCAGCUUUUACUGCGGGCAUUCUGACCUUUAUAUAUCGUUGCAGGGAACCUGGUUGGACUUUUGAGAUGCAUCAAACAUCAUGUAUAUGUGUACGUGUUUUUUUUUUUUUUUUUUUAACUUUUGGACUGUCACAUUCAGUGCUUCAUACAGUACCAGCAAUGUUUACCUCUUCCUGCCAAUUAGCCAUCACACUCAGCAAGCACUGCAAAAAGUCUCCUUAUCUGUAAUAUUUGUACCCCUGUAUGUUGGAAAUGGAUUUUUAAAAAAUCAUUCUAAUUGUGUUUAUUAAAAGUGACGAGUCUUUCACUUGAUUAAAUGGUUUCAAGAUCUUUUAGUCUACACUCACAUCAGCUGGUUGUCUGUAUUUGUUGAAGGAUCAGGUGUUGUAGAAGGAAUUCAGUCUUGAAAUUGCUCAGGCAAAUAAACUAAGUUUAUUCAUGCUGUUAAACGU